GCUCGGAGCGUGCACGUCGCGUUACAUUAGUGUUAUUAUCAGUGUGUGCGUGGAUAAGGUGAUCUGUGCAUGUGUUGUGAUAUGUUCCAAAUUUGAAAUUUGAUCAAACCAUAAAAAAUAGAGUCACAAAAUCAAUAAGUCAAUUAAGUGCAAUAACAAGCAUAAGUGUAAGUGCGAAUAUAAGUGUAAGUGUAAGUGAAGUGGGGCAAAUGUCGUGACAAUGCAGAGGCAGCUUAGCAACGUCAGUAUACAAUCCUAUCAGGAUUACCAGCCUUCGAGACGAUAUGGGUCCCAAUAUGAGCCCGGCGGGUACGCGACCGCAGUGCAACAACGUUCCAACAUGACGCAGCGAGAGGACGUGCUCAAGUUCGAGCAGGGCCGCAUCAGGGCACUGCAGGAGGAGCGGCUGCACAUACAGAAGAAGACUUUCACGAAAUGGAUCAACUCGUUCCUGCAGAAGGCCCGCAUGGAGGUGGAAGACCUCUUCGUCGAUCUGGCGGACGGUCGGCGGCUACUCAAACUGCUGGAAAUCAUCAGUGGAGAGCGUCUGCCGAGGCCCAACUCGGGCAGGAUGCGGGUCCACAAGAUCGAGAAUGUCAAUAAGUCACUCAGCUUCUUGCAUACUAAGGUCCGCUUGGAGUCCAUAGGCGCUGAGGAUAUAGUGGAUGGCAAUCCUCGACUCAUCCUCGGUCUGAUAUGGACGAUCAUCCUGCGUUUCCAGAUUCAGGAGAUCGAAAUUGACGUGGACGAAGAGAACGAAUCGUCCGAAAAGAAAUCGGCAAAGGACGCUCUGCUGCUCUGGUGUCAGCGCAAAACGAGCGGCUACCACGGCGUGCAUAUACACAACUUUACGGACUCUUGGCGCUCCGGUCUCGGGUUCAAUGCGCUUAUACAUGCACACAGGCCAGACCUAUUCCGCUGGACGGAGGUACCGACCAGCGACCAUGUUGAGACGCUCAACCACGCGUUCGAUGUUGCGCACACGCACUUGGGCAUACCCAAGCUGCUUGACGCUGAAGAUGUGGACACAACCCGACCGGACGAGAAGUCGGUUAUGACGUACGUGGCCAGCUACUAUCACACGUUCGCGCGGAUGAAGAACGAACAGAAGAGCGGCCGGAGGAUCGCUAAUAUUAUCGGCCAACUGAUGGACUGCGACGCGCGCAAAGCCGAGUACAGCCGCCUAGUGUGCGCACUGCUCGAGUGGAUACGUCUGAAGAUAACGGAGCUCAACUGCCGCGAAUUCCCCAACUCGCUGGACGGCAUCCAGCGGCUGCUGCUGGCCUUCAAGCAGUACAGGACCGUGGAGAAGCCGCCCAAAUACAAAGAGCGCUCUGAGAUAGAAGCGCUAUACUUCGACAUAAACACCAUGCUAAAGAGUCUAGUGGGUGAAGCGUGGGCGCCGCUAGAUGGACAGUUACCGCAGGAUCUGGAGAGGGCCUGGCAGCAGUUGGAACAGGCUGAACACGCGCGCGAGCUUGCGCUAAGAACAGAAUUACUUCGUCAGCAGAGAUUAGAACAGCUCAACUACAAAUUCAAUACCAAGUCCGUCCUCCGUAAAGGCUACCUCAAGGAAAUGAUUCAAGUGCUAUCCGACCCGCGGUACGGUUCGAACUUAUCGCAAGUGGACGCCACUGUGAAGAAACAUGAAGCUAUAUCUGCUGAUAUAUUGGCUAGGACGGAACGUUUUGAAGACCUGUCCGCCAUGGCGGCAGAAUUAGUAAAAGAGAACUACCACGGCGCGGAAGCUGUGUCCCGCACGGAGCAAGCUGUGCUCGCGCGCUGGAAGGAGCUGCUCGAGCUGUUGGAGCGACAUCGCGGGUCGUUGGCCAAGCUGGCCCAUCUGAUGGCGCUGCUGCGUGAGGCGGACGCUGUUGGCCACACACUGACCGAGAUGAAGGCGCAAUUCGACUCCGAAGAAGUAGGCCGGCACUUAGUCGACGUGGAACGUUUGCUCCAAGCGCACGCAUUACAAGAACUACAACUUGGUGCGCUAGACGAAAGUAUCCAACGUCUCGUACGUCACGGCGCCGCGCUCGAGGGGCUGCCGCACUCGCUGCAGCUGCACCACCAGCUCGACGCGCUCACCAAGAGCUACCAGAGUUUGGUCGCGGCGGCCAAGGACCGCAAAGCAAGGUUGGAAGACGCAAGGAAUCUCUACCAGUUCCUUGAAGACCAUGAAGAAGAGGAAGGUUGGGUAACAGAAAAGCAGCGCAUUUGCCGUACAGAAGUAGCGGCGAAAGACGUUCGCGGUGUUCUCGCGUUACGACAGAAACAUACAGCUCUAUUGCAUGAAUUACGAGCUAGAGACUCUGUAGCGCAGCGGCAUAGAGCUAAGGGACAGAGUCUAAUCGACGCGAAGCACCCAAAGAGUGCUGAAAUCGAGCGUCGUCUGACCGCACUCAGCGAGCAAUGGGAGAUACUCCGUCAAUUGGCUAACGACAGGGACAAAAAACUGGCCGAUGCUGCUGAAGCUCAUCAGUUCUACGGCGAUGCGAACGAAGCGGAGUCGUUCAUGAAGGAGAAGCGUGCGCUCGUCGCGAGUGAAGACUGCGGUGUGGACGCGCCCGGAGCAGCCGCUCUGCUCGCUCGGCAGCGGAUUGUGCACGACGAGCUGCGUGCCUACCGCGAGGAGCUGCGUGCGCUGCGGGCCGCCGCGCAGCGCCUGCGCAGCGCCGGCAUACACACCCUGCAGCUGCCGCUAGAAGUAGAGUCGAGUGGAGCAGUGGAGAGUGAAGAGGAGUGGGGCAGCGAGACGCGGCUGGUGCCGACGGAAGUGUGGGAGGAGGAGCCGGUGGAGAGGCUGGAGCAUAGGACCGUCACGGAGGAGAGGAGUGUGCCGCAGGUGAAAGCGCUAUACGCGUUCAGCGGGCAAGGCAUAUCUAUGGCGAAAGGCGAAGUGAUGUUCCUCAUGAACAAGACAAACCCGGACUGGUGGUCCGUGCGCAAAGCGGACCGCACUGAUGGCUUCGUGCCGGCGAACUAUGUGCGAGAGAUCGAGCCGAGACUUGUGCCUGUGCAAGUGCGUCGUCCAGAAAAAGUGCGUACAGUCCAACGCGUCAAGAAGACAGUACUAGUGAAGCAAGUAGUGCCAGUUCGUAGGGCUAGUGCACCAACACGGCGUAGAGGAACUGUUCACCAUGCACCACCAGCCCCGCCUGUCGCUGAGCGGAUGGAGCAUAUUGAUAAGCAGUAUGACGAGCUACUCAAGCUAUCCGAAUCCCGUCGCGCACAGCUCGAAGACGCGAUCAAGCUAUACAGCUUCUUCGCGGAAUGUGAUGACUUCGACAAGUGGAUGAAGGAUAAGGAGAGGAUGCUGCGUACAGAUGAGAAGGAUGACAGCGUGGAUACCGCUAAGAGGAAGUAUGAGAAAUUCGUCACCGACCUUUCCGCUGCAUCGAAGCGUCUAGAACGCAUAGACGCGGCCGCAGAAGAAUUAGUCGCCGCUAAGCACGGACAAGCGGCUAAAGCGACAGCACGAAGACAGCAGUUGAGACAGCAGUGGGACAGACUGCUGCGGCUCAAACAGCAGAAGGAGAAGAGUCUGGAGGGCGCGUCUAGCGUUGAGCUAUUCAAUCGCACGUGCGACGAAGCGCUCGACUGGAUGUGCGAGAAGGAACAGCAGCUUGAAGUGAGCAGCGCUCCAGCAGCUGACCUGCGCACAGUUCAAGCGCUGCAGCGGCGGCACGCGCAGCUCGAGCGCGAGCUGGAGCCGCUGCGGGAGAAGGUGCACACGGUGACGCUGCUGGCCGACUCAGUCAAGUCCCAAUACCCGAGCGAACGAGCAAACGUCGAAGGGAGACAAAAAGAGAUAGAGAGCAUGUGGGUCAGAUGUCAAGCGCAAGCAGCAGAGAGAAGGAGUAGGCUAGAGAGUGCGGUGGGACAUCAAAUAUUCGGCAAUAGCUCUGCGCAGCUGCAGGACUGGGUGCAGAAAGUACGAGAACAAGUGUCAUCAGACGUGACAGCCAAAGACGUGGCCACAGCGGAGGCGUUGUUGAAAGACCACCAAGAGUUGCACGAUGAUAUUAAGGCGCAUGAUGAUGAAUUCAAAGAAGUGAUCGGUCUCGGCAAACAGUUGUUGGCCACAAAUCCAAAUCUCGCAGACGUUAAGGACAAGAUUCAACAGUUGGAGGCUGAGCAAAAGGCUGUUCAUAAAGAAUGGCAAGACAAAGACAAAUAUCUGAAAGAAUUACUCCAACUACAAAGUUUCAACCGCGAGGCGGAUCAGAUCGACGCGUGUAGCGGCGCUCAUGAAGCCUUCUUGGAGUAUAAGGAGUAUGGGGCGUCCGUAGACGAGGCGGAGACGCUGGUGAAGCGGCAAGAGGAGGCCGAAGCACGACUCGCGGCGCAGGACGAACGUGUUGCUGCGUUUGCGCAGCGGGCCGCCGGUUUGUUGCCCGCGCAUCACGCGAGCGAGCGUAUUAUUGCUCGGCGAGAUGCAGUACUACAAAGGCGAGAGAAAGUCAGACAGGCAUUGGCCGAGCGGCGCCGCGCGUUGCUCGCUAACUUGGCUCACCAACAGUUCGUAGCAUCCACGGAAGAGCUGCAGGCUUGGAUUCAAGACAAAACGCGUACUGCGAAUGACCAAAGUUACAGAGAAUUGGCCAAUUUAGAACGUAAACUGCAAAAACACGAAGCGUUCGAGAGAGAAUUACAAGCGAAUGAGAAACAACUUAGAAAUGUGGAGAGCAUCGGACAAUCGCUCCAGAAAUCAGACCCCAGCCGCGCCAAGAACAUAUCAGACCGUCUGGCGAAGUUACAGACGGGUUGGGAGACGCUUGUAGCAGCGUCGCGCGAUAAGGGUAGCAAGCUGAGACAAGCUGCUCAACAGAGACAGCAUAGACGGGCUGUAGAAGACGCGAAAGCACGUUUGGCUGAGUUGGAGCGUGCGCUCAACAGCGAAGAGAUUGGCACAGAUCUGAGGAGCUGUAAGCGACUGUUGAAUCAGCAUCAGGCACUAGAACAAGAGCUAACUCAAAUGGAGCAACGCGCCGAAGCCCUAUCGGUCCAGGGCGCAGACCUAGUCUCUGGAGGGCACUUUGACAGUGCCGCUAUACAGAGGGACUGCGCAGCCCUACAGGAGGCCUGCGCGGCGUUAAGGCCUAGGGCCAGGGACAGGAGAAGAGCCCUGGAGAAUAGUCUACAAUUGCACAAGCUAGCAGCGGAAGUAGUAGCCGAAACAGCAUGGGUCGAAGAGCGUAGGGCUGCGGCCUCGUCCACGAGCCUGCCUCAAGACUUGCACGCGGCACAAACUGCGCAGAAGAGACACGCCAAGCUACGGGCGGAGCUGCAGGGGCGAAGCCCUAAUGUCGCCCGCGUGUUGGAGACGGGAAAACAGCUGCCGGAUAAUCCGCAAGCGGAUAAGAUAAAGAAGCUCUGCAAGGAACUAGAACAAGCGUACUCCGAAGUGUCUCAAGCGGCUGAAGAGCGCGCCGCCCGCUUGGAGACAGCGCUUAAAGCGCAGCAGUUCAUGCACGACGCGCUUGAAGUGGACUCGUGGCUCGCUGACAAAGCGGCUGAGUUGGCCAGCGCUGACGUCGGCAAUGAUAGACAUCGGGCCACUCAGUUGCUGACAAGGCAUAAGGCGGUGGAGUUAGAACUGGACACGUACGCGGCCAUAAUCGCCGAGAUGGGCCACGUGGCGGGCGCCAUGUGCACAAGUGAAAGUGGGGAAGGAGCGGAGCUGGUGGAGCGGCACCAGCAGCUCGCGGCGAGCCUGCAGCGGCUGCAGCGCCGCGCAGCGCUGCGGCAGGCGGCGCUGGUGGAGAGCGUGUGCAGGCACGAAUAUCUAGCCGAAAGCGCAGAACUGGAGAGUUGGAUUCAGGAACAAUACGGCGCUGCUUCGAGCGAAGACUAUGGACAGGAUUAUGAGCAUCUUUUGGUACUCCGAUCCAAGUUCGAAGAACUGCGUCAUCGCGUAGAAAGCGGUGCGGAGAGAUUCAGUCAGUGCGAGGAACUUGCCAAGAAAUUGUUGGCGUCUAACAGCCCAUAUAUUGGUGAUAUUGAAAAACGACAGGAGGCUUUGGGCGAAUCCUGGCAACGUCUAGUCGAACAGAUCGAAUCUCGCGGCCGUCGUCUGCACGCAGCUGGUGAGAUACACCGAUACCACCGCGACGCGGGCGAGUUACUAGCGCGAGCUGCGUCUAGGCGAGCUCGACUGGCUCCACCCGCUCCCCCGAGAGACUUGCGAGCUGCGCACGCGCUGCUUAGAGACCAUGCGACAGCGGAGAACGAUCUGCUGGCUAUAGAUGCGCAGAUGCAGGUGCUCCAAGAAGAAGGCACCCGUCUCCAGAAGCUCUGUCCAGGUGGUAACGAGCAGCAGAUAGCGCUGCGCCAACGGGCACUCACAGAGGCCUGGAACAGCUUGCGUGCUGCUGCUGAUGAGAGGAAGAAGGCGCUGCAUCAUCAUUAUGAGCUGCAGCAGCUGUUGUCUGAGAUACGCGACGUAACCUCCUGGUCCUCCGAGCUCCGAGGACAAAUGUCGUCAUCCCUCGGCGCUAGAUCAGCGGCCGCUGCGCAAGCGCAACGUGCGCACCACGACGCGCUGCGGGCGGAGAUCGACGCGAGAGACGAUACGUUCAGAGAUGCGCUUGCGCAUGGACAGGAUCUGGUGGAUGCUGGACAUCCUGCUGCACAGGAGAUAGAAGAACGCUGCUCCGCGUUAGUGGAAGAGCGGGCUCGUCUGCACGCUGCUUGGGCAGCCCGGCAGGUGGCGCUGGACCAGCUGAUCGACUGGCACUGCUUCCUGCGCGACGCCAAGCAGCUGCACGACCUGUGCGCUGCUCAGGAGGCCGCGCUCGGUACGGAAAUAUCGCCAACGCUGAGUGUUGAGGAGGUGGACAAUUUGCUGAAGAAACACGAAGCUUUUGAGAAACUUCUCGCGACACAGGAUGAGAAGCUGUCCACCCUCAACAGUCAUGGUGAUAAGUUGCUGCAACAGAAUCACGUGGAGAGUCAGCGGAUCGCUGACGAGUUGCGUGCUAUCAAUGAGAGGAGGAAGAAGCUAUACACAACAGCAGCAGAGCGUCGCGAACGUUUACUGCGCGCACGUGCGCGGGCGCAGUUCAGCCGCGACGCGAAUGAGGCGAGGGGAUGGUUGGCUGAUAAGCUGGCCAUGCUUAAUGCUCAACAUGGCGAAGGCACAAGCCUGGAGGACAAGAUGAAGCGUCUCCAGAAGCACCAGGCGUUCACCGCGGAACUGGCCGCGAACAGAGCUCGUCUCCAAGAAGUGGAGGAGCUGGCUGAACAGCUGGGGCCGGAGAAGGAGGUGGUCCAGGAGCUGCAGCAGCUAAGGGAGGACUGGAGGAAGCUGGAGACGGCUGCUGAAGAGACUGGUCGUGGUCUCGAAGAAGCUCAGGAUAUCCUGGAAUUCAACCAACAUCUCGACAAAAUCGAGGCCUGGAUCAGGGAUAAGGAAAUGAUGGUACAAGCGAACGAAGUUGGCCGUGACUAUGAACACUGUAGCGCUCUUUUACGCAAACUGGACGACUUGGACAGCGACAUGCAAGUGGACGAUAAGCACGUGCGCAACGUUUGCGCGCUUGCUGAUAAACUUUUGAGACAGGGCCCCUCCCAACAAGCGGGCGCAGUCCAAGCCCGCCGCGAUGCUUGUCUCUCCAAGUGGCAAGCGCUCAGCGGAGCCCUACAACGGUAUAAGGAUAGACUGUCCAACGCCCUGCAAUUGCAUUCGUUUAAUAGAGACGUAGAAGACACAUCCGAGCGUAUAGCCAAGAAAGCAGCACUCUUCAGUAGCAACGAGCGUGGUAGAGAAUUACAGGCUGCGCACGAGUUGAAGCGACGGCACCAGGCCAGAGCUGCUGAGGCUUCCGCUAUAGGGGACAAGAUACAAGCGCUCAGGAACCAAGGGAAUACGCUGGCUAAGAGCCAACCAGAGCACGCGUCCGAAAUAGCGGACAGUCUACGCGGUCUGGAGGAAGCGUGGGACAAACUGAAAGAGUUGGGGGAGAAGAGAAGUGCAUUGCUGGACGAAGCGAUCGCGGAACACAAGUUCGACGAGAGUCUUAAGGAACUCGACCUAUGGGUAUCGGAGACUGUCAAACGCAUGUCCGGGGCGGAGCCCGAGAGCGUGGCGCACGCUGAAGCCCUACUCGAAAUGCAUAAUGAGAGAAAGGCGGAAAUAGACGGCCGUCAAAAGGCGAUCGCCUCCCUGCAAAAGGAAGCAGAACAAUCAAACGUGCCAGAGAAAAUCAAGAGAGUUGAGAAACUCUCCUCCAGCCUAGACCAGGCGUGGUUGCAGAGGAAGAACUAUUUGACGCAGGCUCACGAACUGCAAGUGCUGAACGAGCAAGCCCGCUUGGUUGAAGACUGGCUGGCGGCUAAAGAGGCCUUCCUGAACAAUGAUGAUUUGGGCGAAAAUCUUGAUGCCGUCGAGACGCUAAUAAAGAAGCACAUAGAAUUCGCCAAACUGCUCGACUCACAAAUGGGUCGUGUUGAAGAAUUGGAGAAGUUCGGCGGCAGUCUGCUGGGCAAGCGACACCAGGACGCGGAGUAUAUAGAGACGAGGAUAAGGGCGGUGCGGGCGAGGGCCGACAAGUUGAGGGAGAGUUGCACCAGCCGAGGCAAUAAGCUGGAACAAUCGAAGCAACUACAUCAGUUCGUGCGUGAUCUGACACACGAACGGGAAUGGAUCGAGCUGAAGAUGCAGAUCGCGAACGAUCACAGCUAUCGGGAACUAUCAAAUCUUCAAUCGAAAAUGGAGAAACAAUCUGCAUUCGAAUCAGAAUUGGCGGCAAAUAAACGGCGCAUAGAUGACGUAGCUGCAACUGGCGAGAAAUUAAUUGAAUCGAACCACUACGCUUCGCAGGAGAUUGCCAGACAUGUUGAAGACUUGGAGAACUUGUGGACUGAAUUACAGCACGCGGCAAAACUCCGUCGCGAACGUUUACAAGAGGCGUACCAAGCGCGCGUGUUCUUACGCGGACUCGAUGACUUCACCGCGUGGUUGGAUGAUGUGGAGACUCAGCUGUUGAGCGAGGAUCAUGGCAAAGACCUAUCAUCAGUGUGCGCAUUGCUCAAGAAGCACGCGCGUCUCGAGCAAGCGGUCGCGAGUAAAUCAGAAGUUGCGACACAGUUGGCCGACACCGCGACACAUCUGGCCGACACUGGCCACUUUAUGUCGCAAGAGAUUUUGGAUAAAACGGAGCAGGCUGUUAAACGCUACCGUCAACUACAAGAACCGAUACAGAUUCGACGAGAUAAUUUAGAAGAUGCUGCGCUUUUGCACAGAUGGGAGAGAGACGCUGAUGAAGAAUUGCAUUGGUUGAAAGAACGCGAACCGGCUGUUCGCUCAGAAGAGAUGGGAGCCACGCUGCCUGAAGCUCAAGCGUUGUUGAAGAAACAUUCGGCUUUGGAGGCUGAGAUUAUUGCACGCGAAUCAACAAUAAACGCAGUAUGCAGUCGGGCUCUAGCGCUUGCGCGGCGCGGACAUUUUGCCGGCGGAGCUCUAGAAGCUAGUUCGCGUGAUCUGAAGAAUUCGCUCAAGAACCUGAUGGAUGCGGCCGCUUUGAGAUCAACUGCGUUGAAGGAAAGAGUGCAUUCUUUGCAGCUGCUCUCAGAAAUGUGGGAAGCGGAAGCGUGGUUAGCGGAAAGAAAGAGUGCCCUCUCGGGAGGAGAUACGGGAAGAGAUGAGGAGUCCGUGCUCAGUCUGGUGCGGAGGCUGGAGGCUCAGCAGAGGGAACUGGCUGCUUUCCUACCCUCUGUUACUAGGCUGGAGAAGGCUGCUCAGGAACGCGUGAACGAAGAUGAGAUAGUCAAGAAAAAGAUGGAAGAACUGAAAGAGAUGUGCGAAGAGAUCAAACUGCUCUCCGCCAAGCGGCAGCAGAGACUGCAACAGAGCUUGAAGUACUUCAAGUUCGUGCAAGAAUGCGAAGAGGUACAAGAAUGGAUCAGCGAUCAGAUGACUGUAGCGGCCAGUGAGGAGUAUGGUCUUGAUGUAGAACACGUGGAUACUUUGCAACAGGCUUUUGAUAACUUCCUGCAGCAACUUAAUGCAAGCGAAGGUCGCAUAGAAGCUGUGUGCGAAGCGGGCACAGCACUUCUAGAAGAGAACACGCCGGAAGCGGACAGAGUGAAACAGAAGAUUGAGGAUAUUCGCGGGCUGUGGGAUGAUCUGAAGGAGUUGGCUGUUGCUAGGCAGGAGGCACUAGCCGGCGCCCGUCAAGUGCACGAGUUCGAUCGUUCCGCGGAGGAAACACUCGCGUGGGUCGCGGAGAAGGAAGCUACACUACAGCUUCUACGUGAGAUACACCAGCUUAAAGCGCUUGCAGCUGACGUUGAUGCUAUUAGAGAGAAGCAUAAGCAUUUGAGGAAUGAAGCUGAUAGACUCGGCGCAGCGUUCCCAGACGCGCGGGAACAUGUACAAGCGAAACUGGAAGACGUGUCAGACGCGUUACACGCGCUGGAAGGUAGUGCAGCCCGAUGUGACCAACAGCUGCAGCUAGCCGGCCAGCUGCAAGCGUACUUCGACACUUAUCAGGAGCUCAUGGCAUGGGCCAACGAAACAAUGGCCCGGGUGACCGCCCCAGAGUUAGGCGCGGAUGUAGCAGCCGCGGAACGACUUGUGGCCAGACAUGCGGACAUAGCAGCGGAGAUGGACGCCAAGGAAGAUGCUUUCAACACUUUCUAUGUGGAUGGCGAGAAGCUAGUCAGCGAGGGCCACUUCCUCUCGUCCGAGGUGGAGGGCCGCAUGUCCGCGCUGCGCUCGCGCCGCAACGCGCUGGCGGCCGCGUGGCGGGCGCGCGCGCAGAUAUACGACCACCACCUGGAUGCGCUCGUGUUCCUGCGGGAUGCGGACGCGCUUGACCACUGGAUUAGUGCUAGAGUGCCGCUAGUUAGAGACGGCAAGUAUGGUGACAGCGUGGCUCAAACUGAAGAGCUUAUCAAUAGGCAUCGUGAUCUAGAAGAGACCAUCGACGCUCAAAAGGACAGAUUCAACGCUCUUAAGAGGAUCACACUUAUCGAGAAAUCGUUCAAAGAGCAGAAACAAGAGGAGGAACAGGCGCGUCGCCGACACGCUGAACAGCAGGAGAUGGAGAGGAUGCAGCUGGUGAAGAGGAGGGAGAUGGAGAGGAUCGCUGAGGAGCGGCGCCGGGAGAGCGGCUCGCAGCAGGGCCGCCCGGAGUUGGAGCGGCAACUGAGCAACCAAGCCGAGAGCGUUGUAUCCUCAGAAGAAACAUACACACCGGCGCCGCAGUUCGAGCGCUUGCCCAAAUCGGACGCACUCGUUAAACGGGCUGAGAGUAUGAGUGUCGGUACAAAAACACCGAAACGCACGCCUUCGUUCACAACUCGUCGUCGGACACAAAGCUUCCGAAGACAUCGCCAGCCUGAUGAACUACCGCCUGUUGAGAUUGAAGGUUAUCUAGAACGCAAGCAAGAAGCGGGCGUAGGUGGUAAGCGGGCGACCGUACGUUCAUGGCGCUCGUACUACGGCGUGCUUUGUGGACAGUUGCUCUGUUUCUUCAGGGACCAGGGUGAUUUCGCCAGCUCGAAGGCCGCCGCCCCACCUGUGGCUAUACUUAAUGCCCGUUGCGAACCGGCCAGCGACUACACGAAACGCGCUCACGUGUUCCGACUGGCUUGCACGGACGGCGCCGAGUAUCUAUUCGCUUGCGCCAGUCGCUCGCUCAUGCUGGACUGGGUCGCGAAGAUAUCGUUCCACGCUGCAUUGCCUCCGCAACUGCAGCUCACCCCGUAUGCGGCCAGUGCAUCGCCCGCGGAUGCAGUGAGGCGUCGCCUGAGGAACGCUUCAUCAUCAUCAUCAGCAGCUUCAUCACCGGACGCGCAACGCAAGGUGCGGACGCAGAGCGAAAUUUUACAAGAGCAUAGAGCGUCUACGGAGAGGAAUAUAGAAUCGUCAGUACUGCCCUCACUGCCUCCAAGACAACCACCGCCACAAGAUGAUGGCGAUGUUAUUCUAAGAAACUCUGAACACGCUAGCGGCUCGUGGGGCCGGUCCCGUUUCUCAAACGGUAGAGAUAUCAACGCGGAGUUCAUCAAGUCGCAGAAGGAAGCCGCCGAAGCAGAGCCCACAGUGACCGAAAGACCGCCAGCUAUACCAGAAAGGGUUCCUAUAAUAUCAGAAAGGGGUCCCAUAUUGUCAGAAAGGGGUCCAGCCUUACCAGAGAGGAUCAAUACGAGAUCACGACCAGGCUCAGAAAGAGCGUCUGUGGACAGAAGCUCUGUUAUGUCAGAAAGGGGUUCGGUUGUGUCAGAAAGGGGGUCGGAAAGGGGUUCGAUGAUAGAAAGGGGGUCAGAAAGGGGUUCAACCGUAACAGAAAGGGCGUCGAGUUCGAGUGACAGGGAAUUUGAUAGAAAUUCGAACGUUAGCGAACGAAACUCCGUCUCGGAGCGCAGUUCGAGCGAAAGGUUCGAUCGAAAUGCCAAUAAUGAACGCGUGUACGAACAGAGCUAUAGAUACGAGAGGGAAGUUGGGGGUCAGAACCCCGGGGGUUCGAACCCUGGGGGUCCAAACCCUCAAGACAGGGGCGAGAAAUCGGUCACUGCUCUUGUGAACAGCUUCCAGCAGAAAGUGAAUAAGAAUUGGCAGGAAAAAGAGCAGAGAAACUCGGGGUGGAAUAACAAUUGGCAAGGGGUUGAAACUACGUCGCAUUUCUACUCGGCGAGUGAACUCGCGUACGGCGGUAACAGCGGCACGAACACUCGACCGGCGUCCGUGGCCGGUAGCGGUGGAUCACCAGCGUUGGACCAGAGACCGGCUUCUAGAUCGUCAGGCGAAUCGGAACUCUCGGUGGGCGGCACGAAAGAGAAGAAAGACAAGAAGGGAGUGUUCGGCGGACUGUUCAGCAGAAAGAAGAGACCGCAGAGUCACAUGUAAUCGAUAGAGGAGCGAUAUUAUCGUAGACGAUUAUUUAUUUCUUAAAACAAAAGGCGAAAAACGCAAACGUCAAUCGUAACGUCAAACUUUGAAAUCUGUCAAAAUUUUACACUUGUCAAAUAUGACACCUGUCAAAAUCACGUAUAGAUGUGGCUAUAUAAAAAAAAUCUUGUCUAUUUUGUGCCUUUUAUGUAGAUAUAGUUUAGUCUGUAAGCUAUGUGCCUUUUUAUUAUCUUUUUUUUUCGCGUUAAGCGAUUUAUUGUAUUUUUUUAUCGUAAUGAUGAUCAAUUUUACAUUCCUCUUGUCACAAAGUAUUGGGACCAAUUUUGUAAAUGGUAGAUGAUUGCCAGUACAUUCCAAAAUAUUCUCAAAAAUAAGUUCAUUGAAAUUUUUACAAACGUAUUUAAUCUAUACCUAUGUUGUGCAUAAUUAUUAUUUAGCAUCACUCCAUGAUAUUAAACUUAUUCUUUCAUUCAUUUUAAAUAAACAGAUGUAGAAUUUAAUAAAUAAUUUAAUAUUAUUAAGUUCUAAAUAUGUCCAUACAUAUAUUUUUCUCUAAUAUAAAGUACAAUAUAACCACCUUGUUAAGUUAAGACGUUGAUUUUCCCAAGUUUAUAAACGUUAUACAAUUUUUUCUGACGUGUAAUGCCAUCUCGCUCUAACAGUAAGCGAUAGAACGGGACGGCACGAUUUUAAUACGUAUUAAACUUACAGUAAGGAAACGGAGAUAGAAAUAAAAAAAAAUUGUCAAAAAUCAACUUUAUUUAUAUUAAUAUUGAAACUUAAAAGAAUGUUGGUAAAUCUUAAAUUGUUGCUUAGUAAUCAUGUUUAUUAUAUAGGUCUUAUUGAUAAAUGACCAAUUUUAACGUUUGGACCUUUUUUGCCUUAAUAUUUAAGUGUACCGUGUACUGGAUUAUGUUAUUUUAAGUUUGAUGUAUGAAAUAUAUAUUUUGCAUAAU